AUGAAUUAUUUAUCCUCUAGGUAUGAAAAGGACAGAUUUGUACAAGAGGUGCACACAGACUAUGUAGUGUGGGAAGAAACAGGAAGGGCAGAUUAUCGUUACACAGCAACUAUGACAGAGGUGCGCGCGAGAGACGAACUUGCUGUGAUAAUUGAGAAUGGUCAGAUUUACUCAUGUGUAUUAGAAAGUUUCACUGAAUGCGAGGGGCUGCCACGAGAUUCUCGCUGUUUUAGGUCAAUUCUGUGGUGAAGUCAUUACCAAGUGUCUUUGCCCAUACACAAAAUGCUCCUGUAAAGUUAUGAAGAAGAUAUCAUAAAAUUUCACCAGAGAGCACUAAACCAUAAAGUUUUUGGGGGUAAUUCAGUUUGCAGGAAUAGCAUUAAAACUUGAAAAAGUUUCAAUCCAUUUCCAUCCUUGCCAUCCGUUGCAACAGACGACAGGAAACGAUUUCGUUGCCUAAAUAUAGUCUUAAAUAACAAAACUGGGCCAGUAUUUUUGGAAGUCCAUUGAUGCGAAGACAAAUUUAGCUUUUUAAAAAUAUAGCGAAUAGCGUGAUAUAGCCACUUCAACAAAUCCACAAGGUUGACGAUGGUUUUCGGCAGGAGGGGAAGCGAAGCAAAGUAAAAAUGAAACAGAUUAUAGGAGAACUUAUAUACUUUCCUUGAUUGCUGAGUUUGACUAGUUGUUAAAUGAAAUUAAUACGACUAACGAAAUCGGUCGGAACACAUGUCCACUCAGUUUAGAGAAAGUUGGUAAAAUCCUCCUCAUUUGGUUUAUUUUUCUUUGAUAGGCUGGUUGUUUAAAAGAAGCUCAGUCAUGGAGAAGAAUGACCACAAAUAUCUCUGGAGAAACAACAAACCUCUGGACACAAAAUGUUGGUUUUUCUUGUCCUAUUUCUUUUCUUUUAUUUCUUUUUUUAGAGCUACAGUAAAAAACCCCAAGUAAGAACCUACAUUUUCCUGGUUAACAUAAAUUUAGGCUAUCUAGGUUCUUAAUAGGUUCUUAAUUUCUUGCAAGAAAUUAUGUCGUUGCUAAGAAGAUUUUAGUGAUCAGCACCCUUAAGUUUGCAUACCUAAUGUUGCUUAUAUUUUAGUAUGACCAUAAUAGAGAUCUAUUCUCACGUGAAUUUUAAUUUCUUGAGUCAAAACAACUUUAUAUACAUGAUUGUGCUCUAAAACACAAUAUUAUAAACAUUUUCUCAAUGACCUCAAUCAAACAACAUAUAAGAACCUUUCUCCAAAUUUUAGGCUAAAGAGGUUCUUGUAUAGAGGGGGUCUAAAUUGCAAAUUUUAGCCUAACAGGUUCUUAAAUCUUAGGUUCUUACUCGUGGGUUUUUACUGUAUCGUGUGCGGAUGUCUAGUUGUUUGUUUAAUUGUUUAAAACAGAUGCCAAUUCGUUUGUUAAAUAGGAGAUAAAGUAAAAUCACUCCAAAAACAAAAUCCUUUUUUCUCCGUUGCAACAUCUUUCGUGCAUAGACAGACAUGUACACAAAAAAGAAUUAAAUUAUUACCUAAAUUGAUUGCAGUAGUAGUGAGGUGAGUUGACUGACUGUGUCUGUCCCGCCAAGAUCAAAGCACUAGCUGCCAGUGCGCUUUUGUGAAACUUGAAUUAAGGAAAGGUAAAGAUUUAAUGUUGUUGUAGUUGUUGUUGUGUCAAUUGAACAAACGUGACACCCUCUCUUAUUCUUAAGAACUAUCACAGCAGUUUCGAGCCAGACCCAAGUGAUAAGAGCUUUGAUGGAAGCCAGCCGUACGAGAUUCUAAACUCAUCCGGGAUAUUCCAGUUGGUGUUUCUUGGUUCUGGGUUAUUCCGAUUCCAACUCAGAGUUGUUGGUGCUCAUUUUAGGUGAGUGAUAUUUCUAGCUAGAAAAAAAGGCCUGUACAAGUUUAAGGGAUUUUUGAGCAUGUUCCAGCCUCUUAGUUCGGGACGAGUGCUAAGCUAGCGAGCGUGCGAGAAAAACUUUGCGAAGAACGUGGAAAGACGUAGCCUGCGUUGUAGCUGGUGGGAUUUGUCGCGCGCGACGGCUUCAUUCCACAGGCGCUUUUGAUUAGGCUAAAAGGCCGUGAUAACAGUGGGGACGAUUACAGUAGUGCUGUCCCUCUCGAAAAUCCCUCGUACCACCAACAGCCCACCAGCAGGCUUGGAGAGAAUCUGUUCGCUAACUAAAGCGUGGAGCAGCCUAGAGGUUUACAUGUCUUUUAGUUGUCCCAAGUGUCGCUUGGGAUUGAGCCCAUGGCGGACUUAACCAACCAGGGGCGGCGGGGCUGUAUUCAGAAAGCCAUUAAGCCCGAACUUAACAAGAAUUUGGUUCAAAAUGAGCUUAUGUAAUGGCAUUUUAACAGGGUGUAAAGUUGCACCUACACUACAAGAACCAAUGUCUGUCGAACUAAUGGGCAUGCAAAAUUGGCACACAAUUCAUUAGGAAAGUAAUGUCGCUGGCAGCUUCUUGGUUUUUCCUGCAAAUACGUCGUAGGAUUCCCGUUUGUUUACUCUGAUUACCUGCUGGGAUUAUAUAGGUUAAGAACCCAUUAUUUUGGAGUAUCUGCUAUCAAAUAAUAUCUAGUAAACAGUUUUCUCUUUGUUUGAUUUCUUUUUUGUUUUGGUUUUGUUUUUUAAUUCUGGAGACUAACUUUGUUUGUAGAAUUUAACAAAUACUAAGUACCUAGGUAGCCAAGUGGCUCCUUAGAAAAUGCCCUAAAAUGCCCUUUCUACAAUUUGGGCUUAAAAGGAAAAAAUAGGUGGCUACGCCCUUACCAACUGAGCCAAAACCUCUGGCGGCGGUACCUACAGCAUAGCUUUGAGUUCUUUAUCAUUACUGAUAAGUGCCUUUUUCCCUGAUGUCUUUCUGUCUUUGUCAUCUAUAUCCCUGCAGUUUUUGUGAACUUUCCACGCGGUUUUCCGUUGAAGUAACAAGCACUGAUGAAGCGAAGGAAUUCUUGCCGCAGCUUGUGUCUAUUUUAGUGGUGACCCUUAGUAGCACUGUUCUACUGUACAUCAGCUUUGCUCAUUAUACUAAAAAGACACUGCAUCGACAUCAGGAAGAUGAGGAAGAACAACAAAGGCUGCAAGAACUCAGGUAAGAACAAAGUUUGAACCAUAUUUUUCCUUAGCCUACUAUUCCAGGCAUUCAGAUAAUAGGGAGGCCGCCAAAACAAGCCAAAGAAACAUAAGACGCACGUGAUCUCCUCCCUCCCCAACCCAGGGCACGUCAGUUUUCGCAUGAGGUUUCACAAUCCCUGUACAUUACUAUCGUGGAAUCUGGAACGGGCGAAUUUUUCCUCGACUAAAUGAUGUGCCAAUUUUAAGAUAUUUCCUCUAGUGCCAGUUUUCCUAGUGGGGCAUGUCUACUCUCGUACAGCACGCCGCUGCGACUUCUUAGGCACUUUCUCUAUUUACCCUCCACGGAAAAGAAAAAAAUAAUCCUUCCUUAUGGGAGAUGGAGAGGCGUGAAUUCGAAUGUCAGUUAUAUUCUGGAAGCUCCCUGUUACAAGAAGGUUUCCUUUCAGGUGGGGUCUGUGGCUUGGGGCGGGGGGUGGUGUGGCUAGGCUGCGAACGAAAGGCAUGUCGACAGGUCCUAAGAUAAUAAAUCUAUUAAAUACAUAUACUCAAUUCUACUUGUGUCGUGUCGCCACCUUCCACAGUACCUCCUAGAUUUGAGCAUAUUUUCACACUUAGAAUCGCCGGUUUCGCUUGGCAAUUUCCUAGUUUUGAAUAGGUUAAGUUCACCGCUUACUAUGCCCGUUACCCUCUUACACAUGUCUUGUGUUGCAGGAGCCUAUUUUCCUCCUAUCAGCAAGGAGCAGAUGAUGAAGGCCAGGCUCAUCGACACUCCACAGGUCACAAUGUUCGCCGCUUUACAGGAACAGCAAUGCUCAUGACCAAUCGGCUGCCAGAGGAAUGCCUGGUAGAGGAAUCCCUCCAAGCGGCAGACAUAGUCAUAAACAGCUUACAUACACAACCACCUCCACCAAGUGACCUCGACUGA